GGAUCGCAUCCACACUCUCCCCCCCCCUCGUCGUCGUUGAAGUUGGGUCCAGUCCGAUAGCUACUUCCAACUUUUACUUGAAGUCUUCGCCGAGGGCCUUUAGGUCUUUGUCAUUCUCGUGCCCCGUUGCCGCGCUUGACUCGCUUGUUUGCUUCUUUCGCAUCUGACGAACCCGAAAGUGUAUAAACUGAACUGCUGUCCCGAGAGACUUCUGGAGUUGGAUCCUCGCAGUCUCUUGACCCUGGGAACGACUAUAUCUGUUUACGGCCACCUGGUGCCCGCCGAUCUGGACAAUAUUUGAACCUCAUCAUUUUACUGCUUGGUCGCGACAACAUGUUAAUCCAAUGGGCCAAAGUGGCUUUCUUGGUCACGGCUGCCUCCGCUGCCGAACAGUCCUUCUCAUUCCUACCUCGUCACCUGGGGAAAGAUGAUCCGGUUAUCGUCAAAGGACGAGACUACGUCUUCAACGUGACGUUAUUCGAUGAGAUGAUGAACGCUAUCGAUGUCAUGCAAGAAGUCUAUUUCCAGCCAUGGGUUGGCACAUGGCCCUCUGCUAUCGACUGGACCGCUGCUGUCUUGGGGACACACAUUGCCGGUACCCUUGAAACUCUACAUCGAAGCCUCGAGAUAGCGGCGUCAAGGGGGAUCGAAAUCUCAGAGGGGUGGUCAGCUACGGAGAACACAAUCUCUCUUUACUUCUCCCAGUUGAUCGGCUUUUACUUCGGCCAGAACAUUUUUGCACUCCGCCAGGAAGCUUUUGAUGACAUGCUCUGGGUUGUAUUGGGCUGGCUCGAUACCACUAAGUUUGUUGAGGGAUAUAGCAGUGCAUCCAGCCGGCCGCUGUCAGACUUUGGUGACGGCAAUGGUGUUGAGUUUCCAACAGAAACGUUACGGAAUCGUACCUGGCACGGGACUUUGUGGACUCCGGCGUUUGCUCACCGAGCGAGGAUAUUUUGGGAGCUGGCAGCCGCCGGCUGGGAUACGACACUAUGCGGCGGAGGGAUGAACUGGAACCCUCGAUUGCUGCCGUAUAAAAACGCCAUUACCAAUGAGUUAUUUAUCGCCGCAUCGGUGAUGAUGUACCUCCAUUUCCCUGGGGACGAGAACAACUCACCUUUCAUCUCUUCUGAGCACAGCCAGCAGCCCAGGUCUCCUCCCAAUCAUUCAACAGACAAGAAAUGGUACCCACACGAUCCCAAGUACCUCGCCGCCGCGCUGGACGCCUACAGCUGGUUGCUUUCCUCCAACAUGACUAACGACCUCGGCCUCUACGCCGACGGCUUCCACAUCUCCGGCUACUCCUCUGGCAGCAACAAUACCAAGUGCGACGAGCGCGACGAGAUGUUGUACACCUACAACCAAGGCGUCCUUCUCACCGGGCAGCGGAGCCUCUUCAGCGUUGAUCCUGAUCCAUCCUACCUAAAGGCAGGCCACACGCUCAUCCAAAACGUCAUCCGAGCGACCGGCUGGGACCUGGCGCGGGACUCUCCAGUUGAUGACCUCGACAACCUCAAGCCAGGCGAGCUUCCGCCCUGGCGCGGCUUGGGCCGGGCGGGUAUCCUUGAAGAGGUCUGCGAUGCGAAGGGUGAGUGCUCGCAGGAUGCGCAGACUUUCAAGGGGAUUUGGAUGCACCAUUUUACUGCGUUUUGUUCACCCAUUUCCCAACCACAACUACCUCUACGCCACACAACAAAGACAAGUACAGCACCACCUCCCGGUCCUGACCUCUGGAAAAGCAUAGCAAAAGCGCACUCAGCAGCUUGCCUACAGUAUUCCGGCUGGCUGAAGCACAACGCGCAUGCGGCAGCGCGGACCAGGGACAGCCAAGGCAAGUUUGGUAUGUGGUGGACAGCUGGUUUGCUGAACAUCAAGACAUCUGAGCUCCGUCUUGGGCGAAAUUCGUUGGCUCCUAUGGAGGGAGUGACUGAUUAUCGGAAUCAAGGGGUCCCGCAGACUUCUGAGUGGGUUCCGGCAGGAAGAUUGCUGCAUGGAGGCGGAGGCGGAGGGGCAGGAGGUCCAACAGUGGUUUAUAAAGAUCGGGACAGCAAUGUGCAGCGUCCGUUGACUGGAAGCUGUCAGUUGAGUAAAGGGUCGGAAAAGACGGGUCUUAACGUGGCUGAGGAGUGUAGCCGGAAAGUGGUGGAUGAUAAUGAUCCGAAUACUCGCGGUAGGGGCAGGACGGUGGAAACACAAAGCGGAGGGUUGGCGGUAUUGAGAGCGUUGUGGGAGCUUUCUGUACAGGGUGAGUAG